GAAGGCAAGUUGUCCAUGACGCUUGUUGGUAGCAACGUCCUUGCAAGUGAGGACAAAACUUUGGAAUCAGCCGUUGUCAAAGUCAUCAACCCCGUGGAGCAGAACGAUGGUGAGGUGGGGCUACGGGAGCCUUCCUCUUCCCUGGUGCUGAAGGAACUGCUCCGGGAGGCUCCGGAGCUCAUCACCGAGCAGCUGGCUCAUCUCCUCAGAGGCAGCAUCCUUUUCAAGUGGAUGACUAUGGAUCCAAAUCAGGUCUCUGAGAAGCAGGAGGAGAUCCUUUCCAUCUUGGAAGAACAAUUUCCCAACUUGCCACCACGAGAGGACAUCAUUAGUGUCCUGCAGGAGACCCAGUUCAGUGCUCAAGGUUUAAGUAUUGAACAAAUACUGUUGAAAGAUCUAAAGGAACUGACAGAUGGAGAAAUCAAGGUGGCCAUUAGCACUGUGAACUUGACCCUGGAGAGCUGUCUGCUCCACAGCAACGUCGCCAGUGACUUCAAAGCAUUUACUGACAAGUUUGGUUUUGAUGUCCUGAUUCUGUUCGCCAGCUGCUUGUCAGAGCAGCUGCCGCGACGGCAGAUUGCAGUGUAUUCUCAGAACCUGGAGCUCUGCAGUCAGAUUUGCUGUGAGCUGGAAGAGAGUCAGAACCCGUGCCUGGAGCUGGAGCCCUUUGAGUGCGGCUGUGAUGAGAUCCUGGUGUACCAGCAGGAGGACCCUGCGGUGACCUGUGACCAGGUGGUUCUCCUCAUCAAGGAUGUCAUCCAUCGCAAGUGCCCAGAGAUGGUCUCCAACAGCCGGACUUCCUCCACAGAAGCGGUGGCCGGCAGCGCCCCGCUCUCCCAGGGCUCUUCUGGGAUUAUGGAGUUAUACGGUUCGGACGUUGAGCCACAGCCCAGCUCGGUGAAUUUCAUAGAGAACCCUCCAGAUCUCAACGAUGCGAACCAAGCUCCAGUGGAUGUCAGUGUUGACCUGGUUAGCCCAGACAGUGGCCUGGCGACCAUUAGGAGCAGCCGUUCCUCCAAGGAGAGCUCUGUGUUCCUCAGUGACGACAGCCCCGUGGGCGAAGGCGUCGGCCCUCACCACAGCCUCCUCCCGGGUUUCGACUCGUACAGCCCCAUCCCCGAAGGAGCCGUGGUAGAAGAGCACGCACGGUCUGGAGAACGCAACGAGCACUUUGACCUCUUCCACUUUGACCCAGCACCCAUGGCUUCUGAGCAGUCUCAACCAUCAUCACCUUCUGCAGACUACUCCCCAGCAGACGACUUCCCCAACAGCGACUCCUCCGAAGGACAGCCCCCCGCUGGGCCGACAGAACUCGAAGAGGUGGGGGUCCACGCGUCCACGUGUCCCUCCGAGUUCCUCUUGUCACAGGAGGGUAAAGAUGGCCUGGUUGCGUUUGAUGAGGAGUUUGUUCAGAGACCAGAAAGCCUCGGGGAUAACUCUGAAAGACAUCUCAGCAUUGCAGGUUUUAGGGGGGAUGAAUCCCCUUCCUCAGACCGGCCGAAGCAUAUGGGAAAGAGGGUCCCACCAACUCCGAUGAACAGCUUUGUGGAAAACUCACCACCCACCGAAGAGCCUGCCUCCCUCUAUGCAGAAGAUCUAACUCAAAAAGCCAUGGACGCAGGGCGCCUGAUGCCGCCGCAGACCCGUGUCCGGUGCAGCAGCUGGUGGGGCGGUUUGGACAUUGACUCUAGAAACAUGGCGGACGCGUGGAGUUCCAGUGAACAAGAGUCUGUCUUCCAGAGUCCCGAGUCAUGGAAGGAUCAUAAAGCUAGCCCCAUUGAUCGGAGAGCCUCCGAUUCCCUAUUUCAACCAAAGGAGCUUGAAUUCCCCAAGUCAGAUCCCUGGGAACCUGCAUUUGCUCAGCCCAAACCGGGGAGCCUUGGUCCUCAAGACCAGGAGGAGGAAACUGGACCGUUUGACGGCCUGAGCACUGAGAAGUCGCAUUUGCCACAGGCUCCUCCCCAGGGAACAAACCACCCGAUGGAAAGCUUUGCUGCCCUGUGGCAUUCAGGCCACUCACCCACGGCCAUGCCCGAGCCUUGGGGAAAUCCACCCCAGGCCGGGGGCCGCGCAGCCCCCGGGUCAUUCCCUGCCUGGAGUGUGUUUGAUAAAGAAGAUGAUGCUGAAGCUUUGAAAAAUACCUGGAAUAUUCACCCAACCACGGCAGAGACAACGUCCGUGAGCGAGCCAACGGAGUGGGCCACGGCCCAAAGUGGAUUUUCUUUUCCUUCGGGAGAUCGACUCCCUAACCCACUGAGUGCGGCAGAUAACGUCGCAGCUCCCCAAGCGUGGGUCAGGAAAAACCCUGACUCCAGGGAUCCUGUCUGCGUGUCUGGGAACCCCAGCUCUCCCCUGGAACAAACAUGGAAUAACCUGGAGCCGCUAAGGAAAGAGCCGAGUGGCGUGGCGGGUUCUCCAGCUCGGGGAAAGGCCUACGACGCAGUGGAUUCCUGGAACCUCUUUGAGGAGAGUGUUCAGAAAGGCGGCCCGGAGGCCGUGGCUCCUUGGGAAGAGUCCUUCUUCUCCUAUAAAUGCUCUGAUUACAGCGCCUCCAAUGUGGGAGAGGAUUCCGUGCCUUCCCCCUUGGACACCAACUACUCCACCUCUGACUCUUACACAUCGCCAACGUUUGCUGGCGAUGACAAAGACACUGGACACAAGCCCUGUGCUCAGGAGGAAGCGGCAGAGUCAAAAGAUGUCCUCUGCCCCCCGGAGGAGGCUGAAGCCCCUGCCAUGUCCCCCCAGCAGGCACCAAGAGAUCGACUCCGUUCCGGGCCUGGGAACCUGGAUAUGUGGGCUGCGCCUCCGGCAGACGGCAAUCCCCAGGGACAUGCCGUGGGUGACUCAGAUAAAGAUUCACUCAGGACGGAGGAGUACCCCGACGCAAAGACCGUCUCCCUGGAGGAGGAGGAGGAGGAGGAGGAGGAGGAGGGGGAAGAGGGGGAAAGCAACCCCUCCAGUUAUGACGACCCCAGCAUGAUGCAGCUGUACAACGAAGCCAACCGCCAGCUCUCACUUCUGCACAGCAGCACCAACUCGAGGCACGCAGCCCCCGACGGCCUUGACACGUGGAACAGAGUCAUUCUGGAGGACACGCAGUCCACGGCUACCAUUUCAGACGUGGACAAUGAGUUGGACUGGGAUGACUGCAGUGGGGGCGUGGCGUUUGCCGGCGAUGGUCAGAAAGAAGGCUCUAGCGGAGAAAGGAUGGAACCAGAGACCCGGUUCUCAGUGAGACAGCUGGAACCCUGGGGCACAGACUAUCAGGAAGCAAACCAGGCGGACUGGGCGCCUCAGGCCUCUGGAGAGCACCCCAGAGAGCCCGCUUCCGGUGACGGCCACACACUGAGUGAGAAGAGCGGGCAGUUCAUUGCAGACAAUAUAUGGGAUUCGGUCAUGAGCGACAAAGGCCUGUCAUCACUGCGAUCACCAGAGCCGGCAGGGACCAGGGGUCCGGCACCAAGCAAAGCUGCUCCUGAAAGCCCCACCCAUUCCUCAGAUGGGCUCAGCCAGUCAGCGGCACCGACAGCUCCUCCUGCCCACGAUCCGUACCCGUGGCCAGGAACUCUCCCGGCCCACGCCACAUCCUUGACAGCCAGGCUUGAGACGCCAGGACGGUUUUCACCCACAGAUCCCUGGAUAGUUCCCAGCGAUGGCCAAAGCCAGGGUGAGGAUGAAACCCUGAGAAGCUCCGGCUCAGAGCACCUGGACAAAAACGAGGCCAUAGGCUCGGGGUUGAGUAGCACCUUGGAGAUUUCUGGAGAAGCGUCUGAUGAUCAGCCACUCUCCCCUCCAGUUCACACCGAACCUCAAGAAACCUGCCUCGGAUCAGGCAACCUCAGCUCUCUUUCAGUUCAUGGCAGUCCUCAAACUGAGGAAGCCGAAGAAGACCUGCACUAUGAGAAAGGGUCUUUCGAUAGCUUCCGUGGCGCUGCUCAAAUAGAGAGGUCUACUGGAAAGCUUCAGACAAACGAGAUCGAUGAAGAGCCCCUCAUACUGCACAGAAAUUCAGUUGAAACUACCGAAGUUUCCGGUGAUAGGGACUUAACAAAAAAUGCAGCUUUCUCUGAACUGGAUGUGGAGAAAAGUGAAGAAUAUAACGUUCUAGAACCAGAGAGCAUGGACAAAGAACUUGCUCACGAGUUUCCUCAAAGCCUCAGUGUCUGUGAUGGCCCCCUGGACGGCGAGCUGAGGGGCAGUCGCACAGGCUCUGAGAUGGCUAUGGAUCUCGGUGGCGAAGCGGUCGCCGGAGGCCUGCAACCAGCCAGUUUGUCUGGAAAUCAGGACAGAGACAGCAUUUCUAGUGAGUACACUCGCUCAAGUGCAUCCAGUCCUGACCUAAAUGAUUCUUCAGCCGCUCUCUCUUCCUGGGGUCAGGGACUCAAUAGUGAGCAUCAAGUAGAGAAUCCAGAUAAUAGUGCACAAAUCUGCCCGGAAUCUGAACUCAGUAUCACUGGCGCCCAAGAAAAAGAUGUUCCUGAAGUGAAGGACUUAGAGGAAAACAGAAGGGAUGGCUCUGAACGUAACUUGGGUCACAAGCUUUCCACAUUUGCAGAGAUUUGGACUGAUUCAGUGGAUGGUGAUUCUUUAUCCUCUCUAUCCAGCCCAGAAACAGGCAAAUAUUCUGAAUUUUCAAGUAUGUACCAGGAAAGAAAUCCCAUGGUGAGUCAUCAGGAGAAAAAUGAAUGUGACAUUGUACAGCCACAAGAUGCCAGGGUCCCGUCAGCCAGCUCAGCUUCCGAGGAUGACAGCGUAGGCCGUGGAGCGCCAGUAGAGAAGGAUGUCCAUUGGACGGAUACUCAAGUCACUCAGAGAGCAUCCAGAGCUUGGGAUUCACUGAAUGAAUCUAAGUUCUUGGUGACAGAGGCUCCCACAUUUGAGGAGUUUUCCGAUUACAUAAGCAGCUCAGAACCAAUAGAGAAGGAGAACACGUUACACCCAUUCUAUAACAACCAACAGAGCAGCCCCGUUGGGUGGAAUGUCUCGCCACACUCCGAGACUCAUGUACAGAUCACUGCGGUGAAGAAGGAGAUGAGCUCUUCUCCAUCUACAGGAAAGCCAGGAGAUGAUGUAUGGCAACUGUCUCCCGGAAGUGAACCAAAGGACACUGACGAUUCUGGACUGGAAAUGCUCGGCUUCUCAGCUGAGAGCCGUGCGUGGUGGGAUGCCCCCCCGCAGGCAGGCAGAGCCGGUGAGAGUUCAUUGGAAGGGAACGCGUCUGACUCCAGCUGUGGGGUAGAGAUGAAUGCUUCCGUCUACCCAGAUGUGGGGCCCUGGGGAGAACCCAUUCGAGGUGACACUGAAGCCCUGGAAACACACUGUACCAAUCCUUUCAACGAUCAGUUUCAGUCACCCUUCCUGGGUAGUCCUGGGGAGAACUCCCACGGGGAGCUUUGGAACAUCCAGCCAAAGCAGCCUGACCCAGAUGCUCAGCAGUUUAGUCAGCUUGUAAUACUGGGCCACGUUAAAGAGAAGGACUUCAGAGAGCAAACCUUCUUGCCAGCUGCUGGUGAUGAGCGCGCUCCUGAAACUCACACCCAAGAACCCUGUCAGGAUACCGUGCUGUCUGUCUGGGAACAGAAAGACCCUGCAUUUACUCCCAUGGAUGAAACAGAGCAUACCUUCAGUGAGGGCCAAGAAGCACAUUGGUGGGAACAAGGAGAGUCGUAUCUCGGUGAGAUGACACCCGCAAGUAUCACCACAGACAAUAACCCUGAUGUUAGCUUCCCCUCAGAGUUGAUCAGAGAAUCGGGCUCUGAAUGGGAUAGCUCUGGUUCUCCCGAGGGAUCCCAGGGUGCCUUUGCCCCAGACAUUUUACACGGUAACUUCCACGAGGGUGCACAACUGGCCUCAGCCUCACCUGACUUGUGGGUAGACGUCAAGCAGCCCUUCAGUGUCAAAGCUGACGGCGAGAAUCCCGAUAUCCUCACUCACUGCGACCGCGAUGGCACCUCGCAGGCUUCCAGCAGCCCCGACGUCUGUCACGAUUCUGACGUAAAGCAAGAGGCAGAACAGCACCUGGGCGGGCACCUGGCACCUGAGACGCAAUCUACUGAGUUUUAUCUCACAGAGCAGAGGAGAAAGGAAGAGCCCCGUUCAGAAGCUGGGCUGGAAUCGGUCCCACGCGAUUCAGAACGCUGUGCUGAAAAGACAGUCCCUCUGCCUCCCGCCAGUGAUCAAGCAAACCCAAGCGACCCCCGGCAGCCUGCCUCUCAUGCAGGUUCUCCCGAACCUUCUGAAACCAGUCAGGAUGACAACGCGGGGUUUAAAACAUCAGGAGAAGAAGCCGGGCCAGACACGGCACCAGUCUUGGAACUGGUUGACACAACAGUCCCAAGGAUUGAAAAUGUGGGAACCGACGUGUUUGUGACCAAUCAGGUGCCAACGCUGGAAGGCAAGUGCUCUUGGACAGCAGAAGACUUUUCUCCUGGAAGUCACACAGGCGAGAGGGGCUCGUGUGCUGCGGAGCAAGCCUCGGCUCUGGUGACCGGCACCUUGCUGGCCUCGGACGCCUGCCUGGAUGUGAGCGAGGCCGCCGGCGACCACAGUUUCAGCAACGCCUCCGGUCUCAACACUUCCACGGGAACCAUCGACGACAUGAGUAAGUUGACAUUAUCGGAAGGCCAUCCGGACACACCAGGGGAUGGAGACGCGGAAAAGCAGGACAUCUGCUCUUCUGAAGCCUCAUGGGGUGACUUUGAAUAUGACAUCGUGGGCCAGAAUAUUGACGAGGACUUCAUGAAAGAACCUGAACACUUCCGCUAUGGGGGCGACCCUCCCUGGGAGGAAGAUGCUCUGAAGCCAUCACGGGCUCCGUACACGCCGCCCUUUGACUUAUCCUACCUCGCUGAACCCACCCCGGCGGCUGAGACAGUGGAGGAAGCUGGCUCUCCAGCCGAUGUGUCUCUGGGGAGUGAGGCAGCUGAGAUGUUGCUUUCUGCCCUUCCUGAUCAGAAUGAGGAAAACCACCUGGAGGUCAGGAGUAGGCCGGCCGAGCACCAGAGGGUUGUGCUGCAUAUAGAUGAGGACCCUGCCUUCCUUUCUUUGCUUGGAGGAAGAACGGGCUCCCACACCGAGUCAUCCCCAUCCAGCACUGGCUGGGAUAUGGAAGUGGAUCAUUCUGAUUCGCCAGCAGAUGGAGACAGAGGGCCACAAAACGGUCGGAGGAUUUUAGUAUUAGAGUCACAAGAAAUGACGAUUGCCACCACAGAUCCUGAGCAGAUAACAUCAGAAUACAGAGGAGAAAAAGCCACAGAAAUGAAUGAAGAGCAUCUGUCCCCCCAUGUGGAUUUUAUUCUUGUAAGCCAUGACCAGCACUCACUCCUGGAAGCAGAGGCCUAUGAGGAACAUGAAGACACACCCAAAUUAGAAGACUUGCACAUCGGUUCUGAAGAAACAGGGGUGGCAGGAUCUCAGUUAGCGAGCAUUGCAGUCACAUGCCAGCCGGCCUCCUUAAAUGAGAGCAAGGAACAUUCUUCAGAACCCAUGUCUUCUAACCAUCACAAAAGGUCAUCUCCCAAGAGCCCUACGCAAGAGCAGAGCUGGAUGGUCUUGGGCCAUGUUGAGGUUGGUGACUCAGAGCCAGCAUUGUCUGGCAAGACCACAGAUCAGAUUUCGGAUCCUAGUUUGGGCAAAAGUCCCCAGAUACAGACUCAGGAAGAACUGAAGCCUCUAGAAUCUUUAGCACUAGCAACAGUCAGCAACCGGGGCAGCCAAUCAGAGAAGAGCAAGAGCCCGGGUCAGGCUGGCCAGGAUGGAGUUCUUUUGCAGGUGGUCAGCCGUGACAAUGAAUGGGAAAUGCUUUCACCACAGCCUUCGCAGAAAAACAAGAUCCCUGAACAGGAAGUGGAGGAGGAGACUGAGUUCCUCGAGCCUGUAACUGGGCAGCCAGGGACAAAGGGACCCCUGUCAGACGAUGUAGGAAUGGACCUCCCCUUUGAGGCGGGAGCGCUGAGUCCCAGCUCUGCAGACAUGAGGCCGGAACCUCCUAAUUCUCUGGGUCUCAAUGGCACUCAUCCUCGGAGAAUCAAACUCACAGCGCCAAAUAUCAAUCUCUCUCUGGACCAAAGCGAAGGUUCUAUUCUUUCUGAUGAUAACCUGGACAGUCCAGAUGAAAUUGAUAUCAAUGUCGAUGAACUUGACACCCCCGAUGAAGCAGAUUCUUUUGACUACACUGGUCAUGAAGAUCCCAUGGCCAACAAAGACUCUGGCCAAGAGUCAGAGUCUAUUCCAGAGUAUACAGCUGAAGAGGAGCGGGAAGACAACCGGCUGUGGAGGACAGUGGUAAUUGGAGAGCAAGAACAGCGAAUCGACAUGAAGGUUAUUGAGCCCUACAGGAGAGUCAUUUCUCAUGGAGGAUACUAUGGGGAUGGUCUAAAUGCGAUCAUUGUGUUUGCCGCCUGUUUUCUACCAGACAGCAGUCGGGCAGAUUACCACUAUGUCAUGGAAAACCUUUUCCUAUAUGUGAUAAGCACUUUAGAGCUGAUGGUGGCUGAGGACUACAUGAUCGUGUACUUGAAUGGUGCCACCCCUAGACGGAAGAUGCCAGGGCUGGGCUGGAUGAAGAAAUGCUACCAGAUGAUUGACAGGAGGUUGCGCAAGAAUCUGAAGUCAUUCAUCAUUGUCCAUCCUUCCUGGUUUAUCAGAACGAUCCUGGCUGUCACACGGCCUUUUAUCAGUUCGAAAUUCAGCAGUAAAAUCAAAUACGUCGGUAGCUUGGCGGAGCUCAGUGGGCUGAUUCCUAUGGAUUGCAUUCACAUCCCUGAAAGCAUUGUCAAGUACGAUGAAGAAAAAUCAUUUAAGAGAAAUGUGAGACUGGAUGAAGAACUGAGGGAAGCAUCUGAAGCAGCUAAAGCUAGCUGCCUUUACAAUGAUCCAGAAAUGUCCUCCAUGGAGAAGGAGUAAGCAUUUACCAUCUCUGAUCACUUUGUGGCGACCUGUAGCCUUGUAUGGCUGAGCUGGGGAAGGAAAAAGGCAGUCCAGGACUGAGCAAGCCUGGUUUAGAUGUUCAGCACUUGGUUAUUCCACCCCUGAAAUUAGAAACUUAAAGGGCAAAUAAAUCA